GGCGGGUCCCGGGAGAUGGCGGCGGGGGAGCGCCCUCUCGCCCUUAAAGGGGCGACGCUGCCGCCGUGGCGCCCUACGGCAGGGACCGACCGCGCUCCGGGCAGCCGCGGCCCCUUUAAGCGGCGGCCGCUCCCGCGGGCGCAGCGCACGGCCAUGCUGCGGGGCCGCUGGCUGCUGCCCGCCGCCUCGCUGGCCCUGGGGGCGGCCCUGGUCGCCCGCCGCCGCCGGGCCGAGGGCGAUGGGGCGGAGGGGCUGCUGGCCCGCCUGCCCGUGGUGCCCGCCGUGGCGGCGGCCGGCGCGCCGGUGCUGCCGGGCUCGGGUCGGGCCGAGCUGACCAAGUACGGGCUGCCCGGGCUGGCGCAGCUGCGGAGCCGCGAGUCCUACGUGCUGUGCUACGACCCGCGGAGCCGCAGCGCGCUCUGGGUCAUCGAGCAGCUCAACCGGGAGACGCUCGGCGGCGCCUCCGACCGCGCCGGCUGCGAUUUCCAAGAGGACGACUCGGUCCAUCAGUACCACCGCGCCACCAACGCCGACUACCGCGGCAGCGGCUUCGACCGCGGGCACCUGGCCGCCGCCGCCAACCACAAGUGGAGCCAGAAAGCCAUGCAGGACACUUUCUACCUCAGCAACGUCGCCCCGCAGAAUCCUCAUUUAAACCAGAAUGCCUGGAAUAACCUUGAGAAGUACAGCAGAAGCUUGGCAAGGAACAACAAGAACGUCUAUGUCUGCACAGGACCCCUUUACCUGCCCAGGAUGGAGGCCGAUGGGAAGAUGUACGUCAAGUACCAGGUGAUUGGGAAGAACAACGUUGCUGUCCCCACUCAUUUCUUCAAGGUGCUCAUCUUGGAAAAGGAGAGUGGGGAGAUUGAGUUGCGCUCGUAUGUGAUGCCCAACAGCCCUGUGGAUGAGAAAAUCCCCCUGGAACAGUUCCUGGUUCCCAUUGAGAGCAUUGAGCGAGCCUCAGGGCUCCUCUUUGUCCCAAACAUCUUGAAGAGAACAAGUAACUUGAAAGCCAUCACAGCUGGAAACAAGCGUUGAACCUCAGCUAAACAAAUCCAGGUACCCCCUGACAAGUGACUGACAGCAGUCACCUGCAGAAUAGUUCCUUGUGCAAUUUUAAAUGUGAGAAAUAAGAAUCAAACCAAUGCUUCUUUACCCUUCCCCUUGUUUUGCACAACAGUGAAACGCACACAUGCAGUAGGUCUCAGGUCCUGCAGAAGGCUCCUAGGCACUUGACCCCAUAGUAUGUCUUUAGAAUUUGCAGUAUGUAUGGAAUGCACCCCUGUAAUUGCUCCCUUUGAGUUGUGUUUGGCUCAUUAAGACACAAAGGGAAGUUACUUUAUUUCUGCUUUUAGCAGAGAAGAACGGGAGCAGGAUGGGGGAACAAGAUGGAUGCAGCGGGAGAGGUUCCUGCCUUUCUGUGGCCGAAGGAUUAUAUCAUUGUUUUCUUUCAGAGGAUGGUUUUAGCAGUAAAGCUUUGAACACUCA